UCCCGAUAGAUGGCUACAGGCCGCGGAGGAGGAGGAGGUGGAGUUGCUGCCCUUCCGGAGUCCGCCCCGUGAGGAGAAUGUCCCAGAAAUCCUGGAUAGAAAGCACUUUGACCAAGAGGGAAUGUGUAUACAUUAUACCAAGUUCAAAAGACCCUCACAGAUGCCUUCCAGGAUGUCAAAUUUGUCAACAACUUGUCAGGUGUUUUUGUGGUCGCUUGGUCAAGCAACAUGCUUGUUUUACUGCAAGUCUUGCCAUGAAAUACUCAGAUGUGAAAUUGGGUGACCAUUUUAAUCAGACAUUAGAAGAGUGGUCUGUGGAAAAACAUACAGAACAGAGCCCAACUGAUGCUUAUGGAGUCAUAAAUUUUCAAGGGGGUUCUCAUUCCUACAGAGCUAAGUAUGUGAGGCUAUCAUAUGACACCAAACCUGAAGUCAUUCUACAACUUCUGCUUAAAGAAUGGCAAAUGGAAUUACCCAAACUUGUUAUCUCUGUACAUGGUGGCAUGCAGAAAUUUGAGCUUCACCCACGAAUCAAACAGUUGCUUGGAAAGGGUCUUAUUAAAGCUGCAGUUACAACCGGAGCCUGGAUUUUAACAGGAGGAGUAAACACAGGUGUGGCAAAACAUGUUGGUGAUGCCCUUAAAGAACAUGCUUCCAGAUCAUCUCGAAAGAUUUGCACUAUCGGAAUAGCUCCAUGGGGAGUGAUUGAAAACAGAAAUGAUCUUGUUGGGAGAGAUGUGGUUGCUCCUUACCAAACCUUAUUGAACCCUCUGAGCAAAUUGAAUGUUCUGAAUAAUCUACAUUCCCAUUUCAUAUUGGUGGAUGAUGGCACUGUUGGAAAGUAUGGGGCAGAAGUCAGACUGAGAAGAGAACUUGAAAAAACUAUUAAUCAGCAAAGAAUUCAUGCUAGAAUUGGUCAAGGUGUUCCUGUGGUGGCACUUAUAUUUGAGGGUGGGCCAAACGUUAUCCUCACAGUUUUAGAAUACCUUCAGGAAAGUCCUCCUGUUCCAGUCGUCAUAUGUGAAGGAACAGGCAGGGCUGCAGAUCUACUAGCAUAUAUUCAUAAACAAACAGAAGAAGGAGGGAAUCUUCAUGAUGCAGCAGAGCCUGAUAUUAUUUCAACCAUCAAAAAGACAUUUAACUUUGGCCAGAGUGAAGCAGUUCAUUUAUUUCAAACACUGAUGGAAUGUAUGAAAAGAAAGGAGCUCAUUACUGUUUUCCACAUUGGAUCAGAUGAACAUCAAGAUAUAGAUGUAGCAAUACUUACUGCGCUGCUUAAAGGCACUAAUGCAUCUGCAUUUGACCAGCUCAUCCUUACAUUGGCAUGGGAUAGAGUUGACAUUGCCAAAAAUCAUGUAUUUGUUUAUGGACAGCAGUGGCUGGUUGGAUCCUUGGAACAAGCUAUGCUUGAUGCUCUUGUAAUGGAUAGAGUUGCAUUUGUAAAACUUCUUAUUGAAAAUGGAGUAAGCAUGCAUAAAUUCCUUACCAUUCCUAGACUGGAAGAACUUUACAACACUAAACAAGGCCCAACUAAUCCAAUGCUAUUUCAUCUUGUUCGAGAUGUCAAACAGGGAAAUCUUCCUCCAGGAUAUAAGAUCACUCUAAUUGAUAUAGGACUUGUUAUUGAAUAUCUUAUGGGAGGAACCUAUAGAUGCACCUACACUCGGAAACGUUUUCGAUUAAUAUAUAAUAGUCUUGGUGGAAAUAAUCGGAGGUCUGGCAGAAGUACCUUCAGCAGCACUCCUCAGUUGCGAAAGAGUCAGGAAUCUUUUGGCAAUAGAGCAGAUAAAAAGGAAAAAAUGAGGCAUAAUCAUUUCAUUAAAACAGCACAGCCCUACCGACCAAAGAUUGAUACAGCUGUGGAAGAAGGAAAGAAGAAAAGAACCAAAGAUGAAAUUGUAGAUAUUGAUGAUCCAGAAACCAAGCGCUUUCCUUAUCCACUUAAUGAACUGCUAAUUUGGGCUUGCCUUAUGAAGAGGCAGGUCAUGGCCCGUUUUUUGUGGCAGCAUGGUGAAGAAUCAAUGGCUAAAGCAUUAGUUGCCUGUAAGAUCUAUCGUUCAAUGGCAUAUGAAGCAAAGCAGAGUGACCUCGUAGAUGAUACUUCAGAGGAAUUGAAACAAUAUUCCAAUGAUUUUGGUCAACUGGCAGUUGAAUUAUUAGAACAAUCCUUCAGACAAGAUGAAACCAUGGCUAUGAAAUUGCUCACUUAUGAACUGAAAAAUUGGAGUAAUUCCACCUGUCUUAAGUUAGCAGUUUCUUCAAGACUUAGACCUUUUGUAGCCCACACCUGUACACAAAUGUUGUUAUCUGAUAUGUGGAUGGGAAGGCUGAAUAUGAGGAAAAAUUCCUGGUACAAGGUCAUACUAAGCAUUUUAGUUCCACCUGCCAUAUUAAUGUUAGAAUAUAAAACUAAGGCUGAAAUGUCUCAUAUUCCACAAUCUCAAGAUGCUCAUCAAAUGACAAUGGAAGAUAGUGAGAACAACUUUCAAAACAUAACAGAAGAGAUUCCCAUGGAAGUAUUUAAAGAAGUAAGAAUAUUGGACAGGAAUGAAGGCAAGAAUGAAAUGGAGAUACAAAUAAAAUCAAAAAAGCUUCCAAUCACACGAAAGUUUUAUGCCUUUUAUCAUGCACCAAUUGUAAAAUUCUGGUUUAACACGUUGGCAUACUUAGGAUUUCUGAUGCUUUAUACAUUUGUGGUUCUUGUACAAAUGGAACAGUUACCUUCAGUUCAAGAAUGGAUUGUUAUUGCUUAUAUUUUUACCUAUGCUAUUGAGAAAGUCCGUGAGAUCUUUAUGUCUGAAGCUGGAAAAAUAAGCCAGAAGAUUAAAGUAUGGUUUAGUGAUUACUUCAAUAUCAGUGAUACAAUUGCCAUAAUUUCUUUCUUCAUUGGAUUUGGACUAAGAUUUGGAGCAAAAUGGAACUUUGAGAAUGCAUAUGAUAAUCAUGUUUUUGUGGCUGGAAGAUUAAUUUACUGUCUUAACAUAAUAUUUUGGUAUGUGCGUUUGCUAGAUUUUCUAGCUGUAAAUCAACAGGCAGGACCUUAUGUAAUGAUGAUUGGAAAAAUGGUGGCCAAUAUGUUCUACAUUGUAGUGAUUAUGGCUCUUGUAUUACUUAGUUUUGGUGUUCCCAGAAAGGCAAUACUUUAUCCUCGCGAAGCACCAUCUUGGACUCUUGCUAAAGACAUAGUUUUUCAUCCAUACUGGAUGAUUUUUGGUGAAGUUUAUGCAUAUGAAAUUGAUGUUUGUGCAAACGAUUCCAGUAUCACCGAAAUCUGUGGUCCUGGGACAUGGUUGACUCCAUUUCUUCAAGCAGUCUACCUCUUUGUACAGUAUAUCAUUAUGGUCAAUCUUCUUAUUGCAUUUUUCAACAAUGUGUAUUUACAAGUGAAGGCAAUUUCCAAUAUUGUAUGGAAGUACCAACGUUAUCAUUUUAUUAUGGCUUAUCAUGAGAAACCAGUUCUGCCUCCACCACUUAUCAUUCUCAGCCAUAUAGUUUCUCUGUUUUGCUGCAUAUGUAAAAGAAGAAAAAAAGACAAGACUUCGGAUGGACCAAAACUUUUUUUAACAGAAGAAGAUCAAAAGAAACUUCAUGAUUUUGAAGAGCAGUGUGUUGAGAUGUAUUUUAAUGAAAAAGAUGACAAAUUCCAUUCUGGGAGUGAAGAGAGAAUUCGUGUCACUUUUGAAAGAGUGGAACAGAUGUCCAUUCAGAUUAAAGAAGUUGGAGAUCGCGUCAACUAUAUCAAAAGAUCAUUACAAUCAUUAGAUUCUCAAAUUGGCCAUUUGCAAGAUCUUUCAGCCCUGACUGUAGAUACAUUAAAAACACUCACUGCCCAGAAAGCUUCAGAAGCUAGCAAAGUUCACAAUGAAAUCACACGAGAAUUGAGCAUUUCCAAACAUUUGGCUCAAAACCUUAUUGAUGAUGGUCCUGUAAGACCUUCUGUAUGGAAAAAGCACAGUGUUGUAAAUACACUUAGCUCCUCUCUUCCUGAAGGUGGUCGUGAAAGUAAUAAUCCUUUUCUUUGUAAUAUUUUUAUGAAAGAUGAAAAAGAUUCCCAAUCUAACAUAUCUGGUCAGGAUUUACCUGUAAUACCCCAGAGAAAAGAAUUCAAUUUUCCAGAGGCUGGUUCCUCUUGUGGUGCCUUAUUCCCAAGUGCUGUCUCUCCUCCAGAACUGCGACAGAGACAACAUGGAGUAGAAACCUUAAAAAUGUUUAGUAAAAAUCAAAAAUCAGGCAGUUCAUCUAAUAGCAUACCACAUCUAUCAUCCCCACCAACCAAAUUUUUUGUUAGUACACCAUCCCAGCCAAGUUGCAAAAGCCACUUGGAAACUAUAACCAAAGAUCAAGAAACUGUUUGUUCUAAAGCUGCAGAAGGAGAUAAUGUAGAAUUUGGAGCAUUUGUAGGACACAGAGAUAGCAUGGAUUUACAGAGGUUUAAAGAAACGUCAAACAAGAUAAAAGAAAUAUCCAAUGAUAUUCCUUCUGAAAACACUCUGAAACAUGUGAGUUCUCAUGCUGGAUUUACUGAGUGUCACAGAACUUCUGUUCCUCUUCAUUCAGAAGGAGUGGAAAGUAACAGUAGAAGGCCAUCUAUAGAAGAUACUCAUGAAGUAGAUUCCAAAGCAGCUUUACUACCGGAUUGGCUACAAGAUAGACCAUCAAAUAGAGAAAUGCCAUCUGAAGAAGGAACGUUAAAUGGUCUUGCUUCUCCAUUUAAACCAGUUAUGGAUACAAAUUACUAUUACUCAGCUGUGGAAAGAAAUAACUUGAUGAGAUUAUCCCAGAGCAUUCCAUUUACACCUGUGCCUCCAAGAGGUGAGCCUGUCACAGUGUAUCGCUUGGAAGAGAGUUCUCCCAACAUAUUGAAUAACAGCAUGUCUUCGUGGUCACAGCUAGGCCUCUGUGCCAAAAUAGAGUUUUUAAGUAAAGAGGAGAUGGGAGGAGGUUUACGAAGAGCUGUCAAAGUACAGUGUACUUGGUCAGAACAUGAUAUCCUCAAAUCAGGACAUCUUUAUAUUAUCAAAUCUUUUCUUCCUGAGGUGGUUAAUACAUGGUCAAGUAUUUAUAAAGAAGAUACAGUUCUGCAUCUUUGUCUUAGAGAAAUUCAGCAACAGAGAGCAGCACAAAAGCUCACAUUUGCCUUCAACCAAAUGAAACCCAAAUCCAUACCAUAUUCUCCAAGGUUCCUUGAAGUUUUCCUGCUGUAUUGCCAUUCAGCAGGACAGUGGUUUGCUGUGGAAGAAUGUAUGACUGGAGAAUUUAGAAAAUACAACAACAAUAAUGGUGAUGAGAUUAUUCCAACAAAUACACUGGAAGAGAUCAUGCUAGCCUUUAGCCAUUGGACUUAUGAAUAUACAAGAGGGGAGUUACUGGUACUUGAUUUACAAGGUGUGGGUGAAAAUCUGACUGACCCAUCUGUGAUAAAGGCAGAAGAAAAGAGAUCCUGUGAUAUGGUUUUUGGCCCAGCAAACCUAGGAGAAGAUGCAAUAAAAAACUUCAGAGCAAAACAUCACUGUAAUUCUUGCUGUAGAAAGCUUAAACUUCCAGAUCUGAAGAGGAAUGACUAUACACCUGACAAAAUUAUAUUUCCUCAGGAUGAGCCUUCUGAUUUGACUCUUCAGCCUGGAAAUUCCACCAAAGAAUCAGAAUCAACUAAUUCUAUUCGUCUGAUGUUAUAAUAUUACUGAAUCAUUGGUUUUGCCUACACCUCACAAAAAUGUUACUGUCACUUUUCAUUUAGGAGGGAAUUGUUUGGUAAUAAAGAAAAGCGUGUGCUAAUUGAAUAUGCUGAACUGGCACAUUUAAAAGGUCAAUAUUCUUUUGACCUGAUUAAAUUAGUCAGGAACUCCCUAUACAAUACAGCUGGCAGCUGUUAAAUUUUAAAGGUAAAGAAAAAUUAGUAUUUAUAACUUUUUAAAGGGCUCUUUUUAACAGAGGAUUUCAUUUGACUUUGUUCUGAUGAGGGUAAUACCCUCUCUUCAUGUGGUGCAAUACCAUUAACCAAAGUUAGGUGUCCGUGCAGAUUUUAUUGGCAGCUGGUUUACUGCCAUUCAGCUAGUGAAAUGAAGAAAUCACCCAGUCUUUUGGUUAAAUGGCAGUCAGGUGUCUUCCUCAGUGUGUUUUAGUGUGUUCAGUGAUGAUGUCACUAGUGCCCAGCUAGAUGCUUGUUGUUUCCCAUCUCAUGAAAAGGGAGAUGGCUUGUUAUAAUUCUAGAUCUACAGGGAUAUAGAAAGCCCAAGCCGAAAACCAUUUUCUAAGAGGAACCUUAUGAAUCAGGGUUAGGCUCCUAUUUAAAAGAUAGAGCCAGUUUUUUCAUUAAAUAGAGCCCAAAUUGUGCAAAAGUAUUAGUGCUUUUUUUUUUUUAAACAUUGUUAAGUAGAAGAAAGCCAUGGUAGACCGGUAUAACCUAAAUAUAUCAAAGGAGAAACUUAACUCACUGUUCAAGAGAAGUUACCUUGUGAGAAAAGUUGAAGUACUUUUUUCUUAUCUAUAUCUACUAUAGUUACAACUUGGAAGUUACAUACUUCUCAAAAGAUUUUAUUGACCAGUAUAUCAAAUCAGAAUGUAAACAUGAAUUUUUGCAUAUAUUUAAAAUUGUGUAGGAACAUCUGAACAUGAAUAUUGUUUGUGGUACUUAAGAAAUUGAAUUGGAUUAUCAUUAUGUGAUGUUGGGAGAUUGCAAUGCAACUUUAUGCCAAUAAAAUGUAAUUUAACUGCCCCAGAUGUUGUUGAAUACUCAACAACAAGAAAAGCUUUUCAUCUGUCUGAAGUUCUGUGCUUUGACUUUUUUUCUUUCUUUUUUUUUUUCCCUAGGUACUAAUUUUAAUUUUUAUUUGGGAGGGAGCAGUGUAAUCUUAUUUGUAUUCAGUAGUGUAUCUCAUAGAUACAGACAAGGGAAAAAGAGAUAAGCUGUUCAAAUAGUGUUUAAUAUUGAU